AUGAUCAUAUUGCUUGUGAAGCUCACAUUCGAGAGGGGUUUGCAAGCAUGCCCGAUGUUCAGCAAUCUGACGAGCUUGGUGCUGGGUGAUUGGUGCAUGGCUGCUGACUUCUACCCACUGUUCCGUAUUGUCCAUCGCUCGCCCAUGCUGAAAGAGCUAACUGUUAAGCUCAAGAUGGAGCACUGUGAAACACGCAAGGAGGUUGAAUCUGCUUCAUUACCAUCAAGGCGAGCACCGGCAAUCAGGGGCUAUCCUCGUAUCGAGAGAAUCAAGAUAUGCUGCAGCAAAGAUGAUCCUAGGAUCGGUACGUUGGUGCAGGCGCUGCUACCGAUCUUCAUCCCAGACGGGAAAAUCAAUAUCGAGGGUUACUAA